GCCAUGGCUGGGGCCCGCAAGCUGCCGUUGGAGCAGGCCCUGGCGCUGGGGCCUGGCUGGCGGCACGCGUGCCACGCGCUGCUCUACGCGCCAGACCCGGCGCUGCUGUUCGGCCGCAUCCCGCUCCGUUACGCCGUCCUGAUGCAGAUGCGCUUUGAUGGGCGCCUCGGCUUCCCCGGCGGCCUCGUCAACUUGCAGGACACCAGUCUGGAGGCCGGGCUGAACCGCGAGCUGAUCGAGGAGCUGGGCGAGGCCGUGGCCGACUUCCGUGUGGAGCGCGCCGACUACCGCAGCUCGCACGCCGGGUCCGGGCCGCACGUCGUGGCCCACUUCUACGCCAAGCGCCUGACGCUGGAGCAGCUGGUUGCGGUGGAGAUGGGCGCCACGCGUGCCAAGGACCACGGGCUGGAGGUGCUAGGCCUAGUACGUGUGCCCCUGUAUACCCUGCGGGAUGGUGUGGGAGGCCUGCCUGCCUUCCUGGAGAAUUCCUUUAUUGGAACUGCACGGGAGCAGCUGCUGGAAGCCAUCCAGGAUUUAGAACUGGUGGAAUCCGGCUCUCUUACAGCCCGUAAGAUCUCCUUACCUCGCUAGAGGCAGCCCUUCGUGGACCCACGGAACCUGAGAUGAGGACCUUGGUAUUGGGGAAGGGAGGCAGGAACAGGGAAAGCUUUCUCUUC